AUGACUAUAAAGCCACAGAAGACGGUCCUUGUAGUAGGCGCAGGUGUGGCUGGCCUGGCCGCAAGCUACGCUCUUCGCCAGACAGACUCUUUCCAGCAAGGCAGGUGGAAAAUCCGUAUCGUUGAGAAAAGGGUAGAACAGCGUGCAAAAGGGCGUCAGGGAUAUCCUCUACACUUGUCCAAGGCCGGACGAGAAGCUCUAUCGUCUUUCCUCACUCCAUCAGACGCGACAACUCUCCUCGAAGCCCGCCAAUCCAUCCCAGCCGCUCAUGAUGGUAUCACAAUAUCCUCCCAUGACCGCAAGAAGGUAUUCUGGACAGUCCGAGAGGUUGGCGUAGAUCCGAUGGUGGAAAGGAGCGACCUAAUGAGCGUUUUGAGAAACGGUGCAGGGCAAGAUAUAGAAUGGGGCACGGAAGUGAUCGGGCUGCAAGACACCGGCAGUGGUGUGGAAGUGAUGCUAGAGAAGAAGGACGGGCACAAGGAAUUAAUCACAGUGGACCUACCGCAGACUGUGAUCAACGUGCGCACCACCUCUGAAAACAUGAGAGAAUGGAUCGACGACCAUAAUGGACUCAACCUCAUUUAUGGCGAAUCUUUCUCCGCCACCAUGAUGCCACUGUCGUACCCGUCAAUGUACAUUGCGCUCACGAUCCCAUCGAUCUGGCUCGAGCCAAGCCACCAAGAAAAGGUUGCCGAAGACAGAUACAAACCCACCAUACACGGCGAGUUCCUGAGGCAGCUAGAAAAAGACCCCGGCUGGAAGAAGAGAGACGCCUUCCGUCUGUGGACCGCAAAGCAGACAUUGGGCGGAAGCGGAAGAGUGGUGCUGAUAGGGGAUGCUGCACAUGGGAUGCCCCCUUUCUGUGGUGCGGGGGCUAGCUCGGCAAUCAAAGAUGCCGUAGAGCUUGCUGGUGCAUUGACCUUUCGAGAAGAUGACGAUGGUGAGCCCACCCAUCUCCGCUCAAGGCGAAGGACCGCUGCUGACGCGACCAGAAUUGAUCAGCAGCUUAACGACAUUCAGGCGGGCGAUGUGCAAGAGGAAUGA